AUGGAGGUGUCCAGUGACAAGCUUUUCUGUUGCAGCUGGGUGCACCACAGGGUUCCUGUGGCCCACCGAGAGGAACUGUACCACAUCCUGAGGAUGACGGGACCUCUGCUGCUGUCUCGAAUUCUUAAUUACCUUCUUCCGUUUGUGGUGACGAUGUUCUGUGGGCGUCUGGGAAAUGAAGUGAUGGCCGGCUAUGGAUUAGCCUCUGCUACCAUUAAUGUUACCUCUGCUGCAACCGGAUAUGGUCUGGGUUUGGCAUGUGAUACUCUAGUAUCUCAGACGUUUGGAGGUAAGAACCUGCUGCAGGUGGGAGUGAUCCUUCAGCGGGGCAUCAUCAUCCUCAUGUUGUUCUGUUUGCCCUGCUGGGGGCUCCUCAUCAAUGCUCAGGCCAUCCUGCUGUGUCUGGGGCAGGACCCCGAGGUGGCCAGAAUUGCCCAGCUUUACAUCACAGCUUUCCUCCCUGCAGUGCCUGCUAUGUUUCUGCAUCAUCUUCAGGUGUCUUACCUGCAGAAUCAGGGUAUAAUUUUUCCACAAAUGUACAGUGCUGCUUUGGCAAACCUUGCAAACGGGGUCACAAACUACAUCUUCCUUUACUGGCUGGAUUUGGGAGUUGGUGGAUCUGCAGCAGCAAACACUCUGUCUCAGAUUUAUAUCUGUGUUUUUCUAUUUGCUUACAUCCGGUGGAAGAAGCUCCAUGUAACCACAUGGGCAGGCUGGACUACAGAAUCACUUCAGGAGUGGGGCUCCUACAUGAAACUAGCCAUUCCCAGUACAUUAAUGAAGUGUUUCGAGUGGUGGGUUUAUGAGUUUGGGGGAUUUUUUGCAGGAAUGCUGAGUGAAGAUGAGCUUGCAGCCCAGCAUGCUGUGAUGAUGGUGACCUUCAUCACCUAUAUGUUCCCACUUGGGAUUCAAGCUGCAGCAUGCGCUCGAGUUGGGAACGCUCUUGGUGCUGGAGACAGCGCCAGGGCAAUCCUUACCAGCAAGGUGUCGCUCAGUCUUGCAGUUACCUUUGUGCUUGCUGAAGGUCUUGUGCUCGGUUCCACUAAAACAGUGAUUGGCUUCAUCUUCACCUCUGACGAAAGGAUCGUAGGUCUGGUGUCACAUUUGAUGAAUGCUUAUUGUUUCCUUCAGUUCUUUGAUGGGCUUGUGUGUGUGUGCACAGGCAUCUUCUUGGGUGCAGGCAAGCAGAAGAUCCCAGCUAUUGCUAAUUUCAUCGGAUAUUACUGCAUAGGACUUUCACUCAGCGUCACUUUAAUGUUUGUUGCAAAACUGAGAGUUUUAGGUUUUUGGGUGGGCCUCCUGGUUUGUGUCAUUUUGCAAUCCACCUUCUACGUCAUUGUGAUUUUCAGGCUCGACUGGGAAAAAGCCACAGAGGAGGCCGUGAAACGAGCCCACAUGUCAGACUCCAGGGGGACAGCUGAUCAGGCAGCCUGCAAUGAAAAACCAGUGGCCGGCUACAUGGCUGUCAGCACAGACUGCCAUGAUGGAAAUGCUGAGAGGGAGGGAGGACAUGUGGUCCAGCUGCCAAGAGGCAAUCGUCUCUCCACUUCUCAGCUGAUCAUCCGGCGAGGCCUCAUUAUGUUUGCAGCCAUUGCUCUGCUUGCUGUAGGAGCAAUGGUGCACUUCCUGGUCCCUUUGCCAGUGAUCCAUUCUACAGAAAGCAACCAUACUAUGAACUGGAUGAAUGCAAGCUCUACUCCUGAUACAAUUUUCGUCACCGAGCUGGUCCCAAAUAAAGAGUCAGCGUAA